AUGGCUUUCAAUCCCUUGGAUGUUAUUCUCAAAGAUAACAAACUGGUUGGACCUAAUUAUAUUGACUGGAAAAGGAACUUGGAUAUCGUACUGACUGCAGAGGAGUACAAGUAUGUGCUCGUAAAGGUAUGUCCACAAAAACUUGGUGAAAGGGCAACUGAUGAGGAAACCCAGGCUUAUCAGAAGUGGAUUAAGGCUAAUGAGAUGGCGCGGUGUUACAUUAUGGCAUCUAUGUCGAAUGUUCUACAACAUCAGCAUCAGUCUAUGCCUUCUACCUAUGAUAUAAUGCAGAACCUCAAAGAAAUGUUUGGGCAUCAAAAUUGUGCUGCUAGACAAAUUGCUAUGAAGGAACUUAUGAAUACUACUAUGGGAGAAGGGACCCUCGUAAGGGAUCAUGUUUUGAAGAUGAUUGAACUACUUAAAAAGCUUCAAGCAGCCGAGGGCCUCAUCAAGAAACCAACUAUUGCUCUUGUGACUGAGAAAGUUUCUUCUUCUAGGCUGAAAGGGUGA